AGUAGGAGCAAAACAAAGGCUACAAAGCCAGUCAGUGCCAAUGUCUCAGUGCGAAUUAAAAACAUACAAUUUCUGUAGGCAAAUUCCCCUUUUCCCUGCCCGUGCACAGGACGGACGGAUCGACGGUACGGGAGUGUGGAACAAAAUAAAAAAAUAAAACCAGAACUCUUCCAACCCCACGCUAGAACACACCAAAAGGGGAAAGUUCACCGUCCGAGAGUAGCCUGCCCGGGGAGACGGGGACGUUUCCAUUUCCCGGAAAUUUGUUGCAGCCCCGCAUAUUCGCAUAUGUGUCUGUGAACAACAUCGGGCUGCAUUUCUGUAACACGUAAAACACAUAGCAGGCGAGCUUUGCGGCCGACACCACCGUCCACUGAUCAAUCGAAGCCGUUGGGGGCGCGGAGGUUGAGCAGAUUUGCACCAAUUGCGAUGCCAGUCCCAAUUGAACGCCGAUUGCGACGGUACUGACGGUGAUUUUAGUUUAGAUUUGGCGUGUAUAUUGAGCAACCAGAGAAAGGAUUGCUUUCCCCCGGGUGUGUGUGCGUGAUAUUGCCGUGGUGGUGCAUCGUACUAUGCAAAAAUGGACAUCGCAGGGCUGGUGAAGAAGUCGUACGCCGAUUAUGGCACCAUGCUGAAAGAUUCUUGGUACACCAUCAACACGGAAGACUUGCACCUGUCAUGGGCCAUCAAGCUGCUGGUGGCCUUGUUUGCCAUCAUCGCCACCGUCUACGUGUGGCGCCGGAAGCAUCUGCGAAAGCUGGAGGAGAAGAUGCAGCUGCAGCACCAGUACGCGUCCCACAUGCGGUUCCGCAAGCGCGACAAGAUGAUGUUUUACGGGCGCCGGAUGCUGCGCAAGGUAAAGUCAAUCUCGGGCCAGGCGUACGGGGGCCAGGGCCGGAAGCGGCGGGCGGUGAUGCGGUUCGCCAAGCGGUUGCUGCUGCGCAAGGACGUGACGCCGACGCAGCUGCUGGUGAUAGAGCCGCCGGCCGAGUACCUGGAGGUCGCGUCCGACGGUAACGAUCGUGUGCCGCCCGACGCCCUCUACAUGCUGCAGUCGAUCCGCAUCUUUGGCCACUUCGAGAAGCCGGUCUUUCUGAAGCUGUGCAAGCACACGGAAAUCAUCAACCUGAUCGCGGGCGAAAGCCUCAUCAAGGUGGGCGACCCGGACGACAGCGUGUUCAUCGUGCAGACCGGCCAGGUGAACGUGUUUCUCAACAAUCCGGACGGCAGCUCGAUCACGCUGAAGGUGGUGCGGCAGGGCGAAUCGGUCACCUCGCUGCUCAGCUUCAUCGACGUGCUGGUGGGCAACGCGAGCACGUACAAAACGGUGACGGCGCGGGCGAUGGAAAACUCGCAGGUGAUCCGGCUGCCCAUGUUCGCCUUCCAGCAGGUGUUUGGCGAGUGUCCGGACCUGCUGGUGCGCGUGAUACAGGUCAUCAUGGUGCGGUUGCAGCGCGUCACCAUUACCGCCCUGCACAACUACCUGGGGCUGAGCACGGAGUACAUCCAGUGCUCAUCGCAGCGCAAAAAGCUACCGAUCGCACCGGCCACGAAGGGCAGCCCGGGCCAUCGGCGCGUGCCCUCCGACCAGGUCCAUCCCGUGCCCCACUCGCUCGUGGGCGAAAUCCGACCGGACAUGCUGGUCGACCUGUCCGAGGGGACGCACAACGUGGGCCGGCGCACGUCCGCCCUGCCGAUCGAACCGAUCGAUCACGCGGUGCUGAAGGCGCACGCGGUCGACGGCUUCAUGCAGGAGCUCGAUCUGCCCGACACGUUCAAGCAGACGAUCGAGGAAAGCAUACUGAUCAAGGAGGUGUCGCCGGGCACCACGCUCGUGCAUCAGGGCGUGCUCGAUGAUGUGAUGUUAAUUUUCGUGAUCGCCGGUGGGCUCACGCUCACCCAGUGCCCGCAGAGUGGCCCGAUCGCGCAGGACGCUAGCAAGGCGGGCGGCGAGAAGAUGGACAAUCACACCGUCACCAUCUAUCCGGGCGACGUGGUCGGUGGGCUGGCGGUACUGACCGGCGAGUGCAGCCUGUACACGAUCCGGGCCAAGCACAAUUCGCGCGUCGGGCUGCUCAAUAAGGAUGUCAUCUACAGAAUAAUGCGCGAACGGCCGGCCGUAGUGCUCGACAUCGCGAACAGCGUGUUUCUUUUUCUUCUUUUUUUUGUUGUGUUCUGUUCGUAUUUGCUAAACGUUUGUUGUGUCGUUAUUUAUCAACCAAAAACCAAAAAAAAAAAAACAACAACAACAACCUCCCAACCAAUCACAGGCGAUCUGUGGCGUUAUGCACGUGCCAGUAUGUCAGUAGCCGGCAUAUUCCCCCCUAUCUGUGAUACACGCGAUGGCCAUCUGCUGUUAGAUGGUUGCUAUACUAAUAAUGUGCCAGCCGACGUAAUGCGAGCGCAGGGUGCCGCCCAUAUCAUCGCGAUCGACGUCGGUUCGCAGGACGACACCGAUCUGACCGACUACGGGGACGACCUGUCCGGCUGGUGGUUGCUGUACAAGCGCUGGAACCCGUUCACCUCGCCGGUGAAGGUGCCGAACCUGCCGGACAUACAGUCGCGCCUCGCCUACGUGUCGUGCGUGCGCCAGCUCGAGGAGGUGAAGAAGAGCGACUACUGCGAGUACAUACGGCCCCCGAUCGACCAGUACAAGACGCUGGCGUUCGGCAGCUUCGACGAGAUCAAGAACGUCGGGUACGAGCACGGCAAGGCGUACUUCCAAAGCAUGGCGGAGAGCGGGCGGCUGACACGCUUCAACCAGUGGUCGGUGCAUCCGAUCCCGAAGAAGGCAACGCACUCGCUGAAUGAGUACUCGUUCGUCGAUCUGGCGCAGAUCGUGUGCAAGGUGCCGGAAACGUACCCGGAGCGGGGCUACUCGUCCAGCGAGGACGACUACUACGACGGGUACGCGUCGGAACCGUCGAGCAUGCCGCUGAAGAAGGGCUACAACAUGCCGCUGAUGCGGUCGGCCGGUUCGCUCUCGCUCUCCGACAACGAUAUGGACUCGGACGAGCUGGAGAUACCGCGCCCGUUCAAGCCGCUGCCGGGCAACCGGAAUCUACCGGCGUCGGCAACGGCAGCCGGCACCGAUGGGAGCUCCGGCGACGGCAAGAAGCCUUUAGAUUAGGGUUAUUUUUUUUCUCACUCUCUUUCUCUCUUACUCGCUCGCUUUUGUUUGCGUUCUAUUCGUUCUCCGUACGUGUGGUUGUAGUUGUAGUAAGCCCGUAGCAGUAGCGUAGCGUUAGCUGCCACACGGAUGCAAUCGAGUUCCCGUUUUGCGAAUCAGAAGAAUUCAGCUAUUUGUGAAGCGUUUCGUCCUGUUUGAUUACGGAUUUUGGUUAUGUUCGGACCAUCCAUAUGGAGAUAGACAUUUUGGUUUGGUUUUAUUUGAAAUUCAAAAAAAAACAAUCAUGAAUAGCAGAAACACACACCCACAGAGACCGACAGAGAAUUGUAGUGGAAAUAUCGGGAACAAGGGCAGAGAGGAGCCUGUGCUUUGCUUAUAAUAAACUCGAACGAACGAGUAGAACGACGUGUGUAUAGCCGUAUAGAAAGCAUACAAAGACAGAAAUCGAAUACAAACACACACUCAAAUCAUAACGUAGCGGGGAGGAGGGAGUAGCCUUUAUUGCAACUGUUGCAAACACACGAAACACUCAUCCUCAACCAAUGCCCAAAGAUAAUUGUAAUAAAACUCCGCCAAAACACCGCACUGGUGCGCCCGCUCCCGCGGGGGCCCGUUCCCGUUCGUUGCAAUAAAUUACGCGCGCGUCUCCCCGUUUUUAAAAAAACAAUGCUUAGCUAUAAUUGU